AUGCCGCGCGCCGAGGUCGGGUCGACCAAGCACAUCGCAAAUCAGAUGAAAGCGAAGGGCCUGCAGCGUCUACGAUGGUACUGUCAAGCCUGUCAACGGCAAAUGCGCGAUGAGAACGGCUUCAAAUGCCACGUCGCCUCCGAGUCACAUGUACGUAACAUGCAGGUCAUCGGCGAAGACCCACGCAAAGCCAUCAACGAGUUCUCACGCGAGUUUGAGCGGGAUUUUCUGACGCUGUUGCGCACUGGUCAUGGGGAGAAGAAGGUCAAUUUGAAUCAGUUCUACCAGGAGUAUAUCAGUAAUAAGGAGCAUAUGCACAUGAACGCUACGAAGUGGACAAGCUUGUCGGAGUUUGCGAAGCAUCUCGGCAGAAACGGUAUCGUUCGGGUCGAGGAGGAUGAGAAGAAGACCGAGCAAGGUGUAGGCGGCGCCAGUGGCCUGACGAUUGCCUGGAUCGACAACAGUCCAGAGAAUCUAAGGCGGCAGGAGGCCGUCAAGAAGAAGGAGCGUAUGGAAAAGGGCGACGAGGAAAGAGAGCAGAGGAUGAUUCGUGAACAGAUCAGGAAGGCCAAGCAAAAUCUCGAAGAUGGACUGGACGAUGAUGUGGAAGAUAUGGGCGACGAAGGCGCUGCAACGGAAGGUAUCAAGCGCAAUAAUGGCGAGAAGGUCGUGCUGAGCUUCGCCGCAAAGAAAGUAUCAGAGCCCGAGAAGCCCCCUAGUCCGCCCUUGACGGACAAAGAUGACGCUUCAGACAAGUCUGACAAGGAGGCUCUAUCAGCCUCAAAGCCGGCUGCCGCCGCCAAACCAGGAUUCUCGUUUGGCGCAGCACAGUCGAAGCCAAAGAACGUCUUCGCGGCAGCCUCGAAGAAGAACGUACUCGGCGGCGCAAAGAAGCCUGCAAAUCCCCUGCAAAUACAGAAACCGAUGUCCGAAGCAGAGCGAAUCAUGAAGGAGGAACUUGAGAGGAAAAGACUGAGAGAGAGCUCUGGAAGCGCAUUCAAACGACAACGUGUAUCCUGA